CAGCGGGAGAAAUGCUGAGUCCGCGCCCAGGCGACCGCCGCCGCGGCAGCAGCAGCCUCAGCAGCAGCUUCAGCAUCAGCACCGGCGGGACAGCGACAGCGGGGGCGGCGCAGGCGCACUGUGCCCCGCGGAGCCUGCAGUUCCCGAGCCCCGUGUGCGGCACCGCCACAGUCUGGGCAGCGGCGGCCGGGGGAGCGCUACUACCAUGAACUGCCUGGUCCUCCUCCCCAGAGCUGCUCAUCCAGGUCGGGCUGGAGACACAGUCAGGGGACCCUGUCGCCGCCGCCGCGCCCCCUCUUCUUUCGGCUCGAUCUUCUCCUCCACCUUUACCUCCUCUUCCUCCACCUUCUCUUCCUGCAUCCCCCCCUCCCCCGCCGCGGAUCCUGGCCGCUGCUCUCCAGACCCAGGAUGCCGGGGGGCAAGAGAGGGCUGGUGGCACCGCAGAACACAUUUUUGGAGAACAUCGUCAGGCGCUCCAGUGAAUCGAGUUUCUUACUGGGAAACGCCCAGAUUGUGGAUUGGCCAGUAGUUUAUAGUAAUGACGGUUUUUGCAAACUCUCUGGCUAUCAUCGAGCUGACGUCAUGCAGAAAAGCAGCACUUGCAGUUUUAUGUAUGGAGAAUUGACUGACAAGAAGACAAUUGAGAAAGUGAGGCAGACUUUUGACAACUACGAGUCAAAUUGCUUUGAAGUUCUUCUGUACAAGAAAAACAGAACCCCUGUUUGGUUUUAUAUGCAAAUUGCACCAAUAAGAAAUGAACAUGAAAAGGUGGUAUUGUUCCUAUGUACUUUCAAGGAUAUUACAUUGUUCAAACAGCCAAUAGAGGAUGAUUCAACAAAAGGUUGGACAAAAUUUGCCCGAUUGACACGGGCUUUGACAAAUAGCCGAAGUGUUUUGCAGCAGCUCACGCCAAUGAAUAAAACAGAGGUGGUCCACAAACAUUCAAGAUUAGCUGAAGUUCUUCAGCUGGGAUCAGAUAUCCUUCCUCAGUAUAAGCAAGAAGCGCCAAAGACGCCACCACACAUUAUUUUACACUAUUGUGCUUUUAAAACUACUUGGGAUUGGGUGAUUUUAAUUCUUACCUUCUACACCGCCAUUAUGGUUCCCUAUAAUGUUUCCUUCAAAACGAAGCAGAACAACAUAGCCUGGCUGGUGCUGGACAGUGUGGUGGACGUUAUAUUUUUGGUUGACAUUGUUUUAAAUUUUCACACGACUUUUGUGGGACCUGGUGGAGAGGUCAUUUCUGACCCCAAGCUGAUAAGGAUGAAUUAUCUGAAAACUUGGUUUGUGAUCGAUCUGUUGUCUUGUUUACCUUAUGACAUCAUCAAUGCCUUUGAAAAUGUGGAUGAGGGAAUCAGCAGUCUCUUCAGUUCUUUAAAAGUGGUGCGUCUCUUGCGACUGGGCCGUGUUGCUAGGAAAUUGGACCAUUACCUAGAGUAUGGAGCCGCAGUCCUCGUGCUCCUGGUAUGUGUGUUUGGACUAGUUGCCCACUGGCUGGCCUGCAUAUGGUACAGCAUUGGGGACUAUGAGGUCAUCGAUGAAGUGACGAACACGAUCCAAAUAGACAGUUGGCUCUACCAGCUGGCCUUGAGCAUUGGGACUCCGUAUCGAUAUAAUACCAGUGCAGGGAUAUGGGAAGGAGGACCCAGCAAGGAUUCUCUGUAUGUGUCCUCUCUCUACUUUACCAUGACAAGCCUUACAACCAUAGGAUUUGGAAACAUAGCUCCUACCACCGAUGUGGAGAAGAUGUUUUCAGUGGCCAUGAUGAUGGUUGGCUCUCUUCUUUAUGCAACCAUUUUUGGAAACGUUACCACAAUUUUCCAGCAAAUGUAUGCCAACACCAACCGAUACCAUGAGAUGCUGAAUAAUGUACGGGACUUUCUGAAACUGUAUCAGGUCCCCAAAGGCCUUAGUGAACGAGUCAUGGAUUAUAUCGUCUCAACAUGGUCCAUGUCAAAAGGCAUUGACACAGAGAAGGUUCUCUCCAUCUGUCCCAAGGACAUGAGAGCUGAUAUCUGUGUUCAUCUAAAUCGGAAGGUUUUCAAUGAACACCCUGCUUUUCGAUUGGCCAGUGAUGGGUGUCUGCGUGCCUUGGCGGUAGAGUUCCAAACGAUUCACUGUGCUCCUGGGGACCUCAUUUACCAUGCUGGAGAAAGUGUGGAUGCCCUCUGCUUUGUGGUGUCAGGAUCCUUGGAAGUCAUCCAGGAUGAUGAGGUGGUGGCUAUUUUAGGGAAAGGUGACGUAUUUGGAGACAUCUUCUGGAAGGAAACCACCCUCGCUCACGCAUGUGCCAAUGUCCGAGCACUGACAUACUGUGACCUCCACAUCAUCAAGCGAGAAGCCUUGCUCAAAGUCCUGGACUUUUAUACAGCUUUUGCAAACUCAUUCUCAAGGAAUCUCACUCUUACUUGUAAUCUAAGGAAACGGAUCAUUUUCCGAAAAAUCAGUGACGUGAAGAAAGAGGAAGAGGAGCGCCUCCGGCAGAAGAAUGAGGUCACCCUCAGCAUUCCCGUGGACCACCCCGUCCGAAAGCUCUUCCAGAAGUUCAAGCAACAGAAGGAGCUGCGGAAUCAGGGGUCAACACAGAGCGACCCCGAGCGCAACCAGCUCCAGGUAGAAAGCCGCUCCUUACAGAACGGAGCUUCCAUCACGGGCACCAGUGUGGUCACCGUGUCACAGAUCACACCCAUCCAGACAUCGCUGGCCUACGUGAAAACCAGUGAGUCCCUCAAGCAAAACAACCGCGACGCCAUGGAACUCAAGCCCAACGGCGGUGCUGACCCCAAAUGUCUCAAAGUCAACAGCCCCAUAAGGAUGAAGAACGGAAAUGGGAAAGGAUGGCUGCGACUCAAGAAUAACAUGGGCGCCCAUGAGGAGAAAAAGGAAGACUGGAAUAACGUCACGAAAGCGGAGUCCAUGGGGCUAUUGUCAGAGGACCCCAAGGGCAGCGAUUCAGAGAACAGCGUUACCAAAAACCCAUUAAGGAAAACAGAUUCUUGUGACAGUGGGAUUACAAAAAGUGACCUUCGUUUGGAUAAGGCCGGGGAGGCCCGAAGUCCGCUGGAGCACAGCCCUAUUCAGGCUGAUGCCAAGCACCCCUUUUAUCCCAUCCCAGAGCAGGCCUUACAAACCACACUGCAGGAAGUCAAACAUGAACUCAAAGAGGACAUCCAGCUGCUAAGCUGCAGAAUGACUGCCCUGGAAAAGCAGGUGGCAGAAAUUUUAAAAAUACUCUCAGAAAAAAGCGCGCCCCAGACCUCUUCUCCCAAAUCCCAGAUGCCACUCCAAGUACCUUCCCAAAUACCAUGUCAGGAUAUUUUUAGUGUUUCAAGGCCUGAGUCACCUGAAUCUGACAAAGAUGAAAUCCACUUUUAAUAUAUAUACAUAUAUAUUUGUUAAUAUAUUAAAAACAGUAUAUACAUCUAUAUACAUACAUGUGUAUAUACAGUAUAUACAUAUAUAUAUUUUCACUUGCUUUCAAUAUGAUGAAACCAUAUGGAUUUUGAUAUGUAAAUACUGCAUGUCCAGCUGGAUUCUGGCCUGCCAAAGAAGAUGAUUAUUUAAAACAUAGAUAUUGCUUGUAUAUUAUGCAGUUGACUGCAUGCACACUUUACAUUUAUUUAUAAUCUCUAUUCUAAUACAAAAAAAGUAUGAUUUUUGCUAACCAAGGCAAUGUAAUAUUUGAAGAAUCAGGGUCCAACCUGCCAAUGUUGCCAUGACAAAUUUGAUCUCAGGCUGAGUAUAUCGAGCUGUCAUUUUCUCACUGUUCUGUUAAGUUAAAAUUCUGGAUUAAUGCCAAGGGAGAGUUCGCCCUUUUAGACCGUCGGUACCGUUUUAUAAUCUCUUUUCAUAGGAUAUUUUUCUGUAACUUAGUGUUAGGUUAUUUUCCCCAACAGGCAGUGUCUGCUCCAUCAAAAUGACUGUUUUGUUGCCUAAAUCAGAUAGCAGUGGGGGACGCUGAGAACGUAUUGCUAUGAGUUUUGUGCAUGAAUUGCAUUUCUGCUCAACUAUACCUCUCCUUUUUUAACACUAUACUUAGAUAGUAAUCAUUAACGCUUAUGUAAGGAAAUCCCUCCUCCCUCCGUCUUGGAGAACAGCUGCCAUCUUGUAAGCUGAUUUUACCAACCCCAUAAAUACGAAACUAUUAAUAUAGUGUAUAUUAUUAUAGAAAAACUGCACCACAGGGUAAAAGGGGCCUUUUAACAAUUCAUGUUAGCGAUGCUGGUUUUCCAAAUGUGAUGAGUGUUCUAAAUUUGUACUUCUAAAACUUGUUCAAAGGUGAAGUUGAAAGGCUCUUAGCAAAGAAACAAACAAAACACAUCUAAGUACUCAUAUCAAAAUUUUAACUAUAAUGACAUAAAAUAAAAAAAGAAUGUAAGCAGAUAGACAAUAUUUUGUAGCAUAUCUGUAACUUAAGAUGAAACAGGUACAGAAUUGUUCAUGUUUAUAGGGAUAACAUAUGAAACAUGGUGACAAAAAAACACUAACAAGUAGAUGUUAAGUUGCUCAGUUCAGAUAACUGCUUUUCUAUAAUUUUAUUCUGGUUACAAUUUUCUAAAGCUUUUUUGCACACAGUUCUACUGCAGGACUCCUGCUGAGUUGAUACAGUAGACUGCUGUGGCUCAGGCAGAUCCAUUUAUGAAAGGGGGUUACUAAAGACUGAAUUUCAGAGUCUUUUGAGUUAUAAAUCCUCUUCCUAGAAAGUGCCUAUUAUCAACUAAAAAAAAAAAAAGUCACAAACAGUUGUGUAUAGCCAGUCCCUUAAGUGGUAUGUAUUGAGAAUAAAAUAGAUGUUCAUUUGUAAGAACCCAGAAGAUUUUUUUCUUUUGACUAAAGUCUAUGUUAUGAAGUUGAUCAAAGAGGCAUACUUUUAAAUUGGUGCAUGCAUGACAUCUAAUUGUGGGAACAGGGAAGUUAUUGUUUGCAUCACGUUGAAAAUAUAUUCCAGGAAUCUGUACAUUAUUGGACCAUCUGUACAUAUACAUUCACAAUAUACACCAGAUGACAGCAAAAUCAAAGGAGAUAUUUUGACCUAUUGUUGCCAUUUUUAUGAGCUUUUCUAAUGAUCUCUCAGCAUCCCCAAACAAAACCACCAGAACUGAAAGACAGGUUAUCACAAUCAGACCGGAGAAGUGCAGAACCAAGUAACUUGUAAAAACAAGGGAUAUUUUAGAAUAUCUAUUAGAGCUUCUUCACAUGCCCACAAGAUGUGCCUCUUUAAUCCAGGAGUCUCAGAACAGAUGUGAUGUGCCAGGGGCUCCAUUUCCCCUUCUCUGUGCCCACGACUUCCAUUACUCAUCAUGGAAGUUUGCAGGGGAGCAGGUCUCCAGGCAAUGCUAAGACAUCUACCUGCCACAGGCACAAGAAAAUGAGGUAAUCACAGUAAAAGGAAUCAGCCUUGAAAUUGAGACUUAGUUGCUUUCAUGGCGAGGAGGGUCCUUUUUCUUGACCUCUGACAUUUAUUGAAUUGCAGGGUAAUGUUCUAUUUAACCAUGUACGACACAAGCCUGGUUAACCUUUUAGAGGUGAAUGAAUAGUAAGCAUAACCUAAGUACAGAAAUGGUCAAGCUUUAGCCACGUGCUUCAAAAAUCACCACUGGUGUAAAACUAUAUCAGAAUGACUAAAACAGCAGGGUAGUUUGAAGCUGCAAUCCAUGCCUUUGCCUAUUAGUGGUGCAAAUAUUUGCUGUGUUCUGCCAUUGACUCAGUCGACGAACAAUAUUAUUGUUUGUAUCCGUGGGAAAGAAACGUGCUUUUGACCUAUUCGAGGUUGUCACAAAGGGUUAAAAUGUGUCAGUUGCUUGUUUAUGGUGCAGUUAUCACGCACUCUUCUCCAGUCCCCUCUGUCCCUAUGUGCAUGACAUGAUGAGGUGCUGAAUGCACUCUGCUGUUUCCAGCAGAAAUGCAUGUGUUCAGCAAACACUGUAUAUAGAGUAGUCUUUUCGGUUCCCAGAUUCUGCAAUUCUUACCAGGUGAACUUACUCAGACUUGAAUGAAGGGUGAACACGUGCUUUAAUAAGUGCAAUCGUGACAUAGUCAUGUUCUGUGUUGCCUCAGCCAGCACAUAGACAGGAGAUUCUCUUUUGGGGGACCAGAUGACUGCAUGUUUUAUUCUUACACUGUAUAGAUGCUUUCAGUGCAUCCAGAAUAAAAUUUUUAUUAUUAUAUUUCUGAACAAUGUAUUAAUAGGAGUAAAUAGAUACGUAUUGAAAAUCCAAACAUUUUUCAAAGCAACUUACAUACCUUCAGUAUUUUUCUAUGAUAAUAUAUAAGAUCAGAUGCUGUACCCUGGACAGGUGGUUGUAAUGUAAUAGCGAAAGCCAAACAAAAAUAGAAAUGUGAGCUGUGCAUCAUAAGGACAAGUUUUGUCAGUCUGUAUUGGGAUAUUAUUGCACUAUGGUCUAGUAGAUACAAGAGCUUAUGAUAAAAAGAAAAUAGGCACACGAAAGGCAGAUGACAAUACCAAAGCUACUAGUGUCCCACAAUGACGUAAAUAGUACUUCGAAUGGUUUGGGCAUAGAUGUCGAAGAGAGACAUAUACUUCAUUGUUAAAAUGGAAGAUUUUUAUCAUGACACCAGUUUCAUCUCACAUGAAGUACAGGUACCUGUACUUACAUUGUACAGAUAUGUACAAUUGUCCUAUGUGCUCAGUGAAAAAAACUGUAUGUAGACCAGAGCAAGAGAGUUUGAAAAUUUGGGAUUUUAAGCCGCUUUUAAGAACAAAUAUAUACUCCUGGAGUUCCUAGAGCUCUAACAAGAAUAUUAAUUAUGACCACUAACAAAAACGCCAUUUUGCAAAUUCAUCCUAUUGGAGCCCAAAUGCAAAUCACAACUUUCUAUGAAUUUAAGGAGAUUUUGUUCUCCUGAGAUCUGGCCCAUUUACUGUUCCAUUUUAAAUUACUAAAUUCUUUUAGAAAACUUAAAAAAAAAUAGUCUUCAGAGCAGUGACUGUUUUUAAAAGUGUGCAGUGGUUGGUACUGGUGAAAUUAUGUGUCAUAUUCCUAAUGAAUUCUACUAUCUUGUAUAAUUUUUAUCUUUUAAGCUAUUUUAUCUGUCUCUUUUCCAAAAUUUUAUGUAGGUAAUGAGACAAUUUAUCUAGAAUGUACAUAACAUACAUGGAUAACUUUAUGGAUAUUUUAUAAUUAUGUGAAUGUUGUGUUUUCAUAUUUUGUUACAUAUAAGAAUAUUUCUCUUGCGGUCUUGAUGGCAAGGGAGAGAAGAAAGAACAAUCUUUUGGAAAACAUCCUAGGAUUAGUAUCUGAGCUCCAUCUUGGAUUCUGAAUCUAGCUUUGCCACAAUUGUAGUGUAACUUCAGGCCAAUUAACUGUUCUCUGGUGUAUCUGGGCUUCAAUUUCCCCACCAAUAAAUAAUAAAAUGAAGAUAAGAACUGCUCCGUUCUUAUAUCAAGAUGAUGUUAGGUCGGUGGCAAAUCAUCUUCCUCUCAAACGAAAAUCACAUUAAGAUAAAUUAUUAAUUGCUUCUUUCUUUCAUAGAAGAUCAGCUGAGGUGGACUCUCUAAAUCUUUUUCUAGGGUUUAGAAGAGGUGUCUCUUGUCAGAAGUCGGUGGGGAAAUACACUGAUGGCUAAAUAAUUAUCAGUCAUUGGCAUGUGAGCAAAAGACUUGAGAAUUAUCUGGGAAUUUAGAACUAUUAAAUAAACAUGGAAGGAGUGAAUGUCUUGUGAGAAGAGAGAAAGAGAAAGAAGAGAAAAAUACAUGUAAAUAUUAUGAUUUUGUUUAUUCUAUUUAAUCAUAGUGCUCAGCAGAAAUUCUCAUUCUUGUGAGAAAAAGUAAAAAAAAAAAUUGUUGAGUAUUCAAGAUACAGAGCAGUUCAUCUUUCGGUUUUGUAUAAAAACAAUCAUGACUUACUUAAGACACAUGGCUCCACGUGGGCAGAUAUUCUUACAAUGAAAUUCUUAAUUGUAAAAGAAUCCUUUCCAAUGACCAAUUGAUUUUUCAAUGUGUAUCUUGAACUGGAAAAAAAAAGGUCAAAAAAAAAAAAAAGGAAAAUCAUUUGAAUUACACUUAAAAAUACUCAUGUUAUUGUGACCUAAAUUAGUGUUCUAACUUAAAAAGUUAUAAUACAUGAUUAGUAAUAUUGGUAACUCUAGGAAUCCAUUUAUAACAUGUAAACAUUUUAUUUUUGAGAAUGAGAUUCAUUUUGUUAACAUUUGUUCAUUCUACAAAGAUAGUCUUGUAUCCUAAAGAAUACACUCAAGCCUGAAGUCACUCCAUUGGUGGUGACCCUUUGGGUAAAGAAAAUACCAAGAGCACAUAGUAACAAAGGGGAAACAUCUUACACACCGAGACAUUUAGAUCUCUUACAGGGUUUUUUAAUUUUUCUGUUACACCAGAAUUUAAAAACUGUUAUAACAAAAUGGGAAUUAGGCAUUUUUUUGAAAGCAGACACAAUUUCUCAAGUUAAAGAAAGGUUCAUUAUAAAUGCCCAAUAUAUUUAAGAAAUAUUAAAAGAGAUUUAUGUGGAACAUUCAUUAUUAACCAUGACUUUUUACUAUCCAUUCUAAUGUUUUUUAUUUAUUUGCUAAAUAGUUGAUAACACUUAUAUUUGUAUCCACUCUGUGAUAGGCCCAUGGCAUUCCAAAUCACAGUUGCAUUACAUAUGUAUUCUACACAUAUGUAAAUAAAUAUUUUCAACACA